CCACCGACUCGGAGACAUCUGAAACUCCUCCCAAAGCCACCCACACAACCACCACCCCCCACACACUUGGGCCCUCUUUGCACGCAGUCUCAGCCACUGGCCAUUUCUCUCUUUCCCUCCCCCACUACCACUACCACCAACACACCACACACUCUCGAUCCUUAACACCAUCAGCAUCACUACUUACAUCACCGCUUCAGCUUAAGACAAAGAGUGGGAUUCGAGGUGUGCUACAACCACGACUACAACUGCACAGGAGGUAAUUGAGAGGCAGCAUGGCUAAGCGCGGUGCGGGUUCGGGCGACGGAGCCUCCAGCGAUGCCGACAAGUACCUGUACGUGGAGCGCAACACCUACUCCAUCCCGGCUGCCCAGGCCGACUGGAGCGCCCGCCGCCUCGUGUGGGUUCCUUCUGAGAAGCAUGGCUUCGAGGCUGCCAGCAUCAAGGAGGAGCGAGGCGAUGAGGUCCUCGUGGAGCUCGCGGAGAACCAGAAGAAGGUGACCGUGAACAAGGAUGACGUCCAAAAGAUGAACCCGCCCAAGUUCGCCAAGGUGGAGGACAUGGCGGAGCUCACGUGCCUCAACGAGGCGUCCGUGCUGCACAACCUCAAGGACCGAUACUACUCCGGCCUAAUCUACACCUACUCUGGGCUGUUCUGCGUGGUGGUGAAUCCCUACAAAAACCUGCCAAUCUACUCGGAGGAGAUCAUCGAGAUGUACCGUGGAAAGAAGCGCCACGAGGUCCCACCGCACAUCUACGCUGUCACCGACACGGCCUACCGCAGCAUGCUGCAAGAUCGUGAAGACCAGUCAAUCCUGUGCACAGGCGAGUCUGGUGCAGGUAAAACUGAAAACACUAAGAAGGUGAUCCAGUACCUGGCUCACGUCGCCUCUUCGCACAAAGGACGCAAGGAUCAUGGUGCUCCCAAAGCGGAGAUUUCGUUUGGUGAACUGGAGAAGCAGCUACUCCAAGCGAACCCCAUCCUGGAAGCGUUUGGCAACGCGAAGACUGUCAAGAACGACAACUCCUCACGAUUCGGGAAGUUCAUCCGCAUCAACUUUGACGUCGCUGGGUACAUCGUCGGCGCAAACAUUGAGACCUACCUCCUGGAGAAGUCUCGCGCCAUCCGGCAGGCGAAGGAUGAGCGAACGUUCCACAUCUUCUACCAGCUCCUGUCGGGCGCAGGAGAACACCUGAAGACUGACCUGCUCCUCGAGGGCUACAACAACUACCGCUUCCUGUCCAACGGAAACGUCGUCAUCCCAGGGCAGCAGGACAAGGACAACUUCCAGGAGACAACCUCCUCCAUGAACAUCAUGGGCUUCACGCACGAGGAGCAGAUUUCCUUGCUGCGUGUGGUCUCUUCCGUGCUCCAUUACGGAAACAUCGUUUUCAAGAAGGAGAGGAACACUGACCAGGCUUCGAUGCCAGACAACACUGCUGCCCAGAAGCUGUGUCACCUGCUGGGAAUCGCCGUGACGGAUUUCACGCGUGCAAUCCUCACUCCACGCAUCAAGGUCGGCCGCGACUACGUGCAGAAGGCCCAGACCAAGGAACUGGCUGACUUUGCUAUCGAGGCGUUGGCCAAGGCCACGUACGAGCGUCUCUUCCGCUGGCUCGUGCAGCGCCUCAACAAGGCUCUGGACCGCACCAAGCGUCAGGGCGCCUCCUUCAUCGGCAUCCUCGACAUCGCCGGCUUCGAGAUCUUCGAGCUGAACUCCUUUGAGCAGCUGUGCAUCAAUUACACCAACGAGAAGCUGCAGCAGCUGUUCAACCACACCAUGUUCAUCCUGGAGCAGGAGGAGUACCAGCGUGAGGGCAUUGAGUGGAACUUCAUCGACUUCGGGCUCGACCUGCAGCCAUGCAUCGAGCUCAUCGAGAAGCCGGCCGGGCCGCCGGGCAUCCUGGCGUUGCUGGACGAGGAGUGCUGGUUCCCCAAGGCCACGGACAAGUCGUUCUGUGAGAAGCUGGUACAGGAGCAGGGCACGCACCCGAAGUUCCAGAAGCCGAAGCAGCUCAAGGACAAGGCAGACUUCUCGGUCAUCCACUACGCCGGAAAGGUGGAUUACAAGGCCGACGAGUGGCUGAUGAAAAACAUGGACCCCCUCAACGACAACGUGGCCACGCUUCUGCAUCAGUCGUCCGACAAGUUCGUGGCUGAGCUCUGGAAAGAUGUCGACCGCAUCGUGGGUCUGGACACGGUGUCGGGGAUGACGGACACGGCCUUCGGCUCCACCUACAAGACGCGCAAGGGCAUGUUCCGCACCGUGGGGCAGCUCUACAAAGAGCAGCUGACCAAGCUCAUGGCCACGCUGCGCAACACCAACCCCAACUUCGUGCGCUGCAUCAUCCCCAACCACGAGAAGAAGGCUGGCAAACUGGAGCCGCACCUGGUGCUUGAUCAGCUGCGCUGUAACGGAGUCCUCGAGGGCAUCCGUAUCUGCAGACAGGGCUUCCCCAAUCGCAUCAUCUUCCAGGAGUUCAGGCAGAGAUACGAGAUCCUGACUCCCAACGCGAUCCCCAAGGGAUUCAUGGACGGGAAACAGGCCUGCGAGCGCAUGAUCAAGGGGCUGGAGCUGGACCCGAACCUGUACCGCAUUGGGCAGAGCAAAAUCUUCUUCCGUGCGGGAGUGCUCGCCCAUCUGGAGGAGGAGCGCGACCUCAAGAUCACUGACAUCAUCAUUGCCUUUCAGGCAACGUGCCGCGGAUACCUGGCCCGCAGGGCGUUCGGGAAGAGGCAGCAGCAGCUGAGUGCACUGCGCGUCAUCCAACGCAACUGCUCCGCUUAUCUCAAGCUGCGUAACUGGCAGUGGUGGCGCCUCUUCACCAAGGUGAAGCCACUUCUGCAGGUCAGCCGCCAGGAUGAGGUGCUGCUGGCGAAGGCCGAGGAGUUGCAGAAGGUAAAGGAGCGGCAAGUGCAGGCGGAGACGGACCUUGUGGAGCUGGAGCAUAAACACAAUCAGGCGAUAAAAGAGAAGCAGAUGAUGGCGGAGCAACUGCAGGCGGAGAUCGAGCUGUGCGCCGAGGCCGAGGAGAUGCGCUCGCGUCUCGAGGCCAAGAAGCAGGAGCUGGAGGAUAUCCUCCACGACCUGGAGGCGCGCGUGGAGGAGGAGGAAGAGCGCGCGCAGUCGCUCAACCAGGAAAAGAAGAAGAUGCAGCAGCACGUGCAGGACCUGGAGGACCAACUCGAGGAGGAGGAAACUGCUCGCCAGAAGCUGCAGCUCGAGAAGGUCCAGACUGAGUCGAAGCUGAAGAAGAUGGAGGAGGACCUGAUCAUCCUUGAGGACCAAAAUUCAAAGUUCAAUAAGGAGAAGAAGCUGAUUGAGGAGCGGGUGGCUGAGUUGGCGACCAACCUUUCCAAGGAGGAGGAGAACAACAAGAACCUGCUCAAGGUGAAGAACAAGCAAGAGAGCAUCAUCGCUGACCUCGAAGAUCGGCUAAAGCGUGAGGAGAAGUCUCGCCAGGAGCUGGACAAGGUAAAGCGCAAGCUGGAUGGAGAGAGCACCGACCUCUCCGAUCAGAUCGCUGAGCUACAGCAGCAGAUCAUCGAACUCAAAGCCCUGCUCGCCAAGAAGGAAGAAGAGCUGCAGGCCGCCCUUGCCAGGGUGGAGGAGGAGAGCGGCCAGAAGAACAUGGCGCUCAAGCAGCUGCGGGAGCUGCAGGCCCAGCUGGCCGAACUUCAGGAGGAUCUGGACGCCGAGAAGGCCGCUCGCUCCAAGGCCGAGAAGCAGAAGCGCGACCUCGGCGAGGAGCUCGAGGCCCUCAAGACGGAGCUGGAGGACACCCUGGACACCACUGCCGCACAGCAGGAGCUCAAAUCCAAGCGUGAGCAGGAGGUGACUGAGCUGAAGAAAGCGAUUGAUGAGGAGACACGGAACCAUGAGUCUCAGAUCCAGGACAUGAGGCAACGGCACAACCAGGCCCUGGAGGAACUGUCCGAACAGCUUGAGCAAGCCAAGAGGUUCAAGGCUACGGUGGAGAAGAACAAGCAGGGCCUGGAGGGAGAGAACCGUGAGCUGGCAAGCGAGGUGAAGGUGCUGAGCCAGGCGCGUAGCGAACUGGAGAUGAAGCGCAAGCGAGCCGAGGGCCAGGUCCAGGAGCUGCAGGCGAAGAUGGCGGAGAGCGAGCGGACGCGUAUUGAGCUCGCCGACCGCUCCAACAAAUUCCAGAGCGAGCUGGAGGCCCUCUCGGGCAUCCUGUCGGACACGGAGAGCAAGGCCAUCAAGCUGAACAAGGAGACCUCGACCCUGCAGUCCCAGCUGCAGGAUGCACAGGAAUUGCUCCAGGAGGAAACGCGCAUGAAGCUGAACUUCAGUACGAAGGUGCGGCAGAUGGAGGACGAAAAGAACAGCCUCCAAGAGCAGCUGGAGGAGGAGGAGCAGGCGAAACGCAACCUCGAGAAGCAGAUGGCGACGCUGCAGGCACAGCUGAGCGACGUCAAGAAGCACGCGGAUGACAACUUGGGUACAGUGGAGGCUCUGGAGGAGGCAAAACGGAAGCUGCAGAAGGACAUGGAGUCCCUGAGUAAUCGCCACGAGGAAAAGCUUGCCGCAUAUGACAAGGUGGAGAAAACCAAGAACCGGCUACAGCAGGAGCUGGACGACCUCACGGUUGACCUGGAUCACCAGCGACAGACCGUGUCCAACCUUGAGAAGAAGCAGAAGAAGUUUGACCAGAUGCUGGCGGAAGAGAAGAACGUGUCCAUGCGCUACGCCGAGGAGCGUGACCGUGCCGAGGCCGACGCCCGCGAGAAGGAGACCAAGGCUCUGUCGCUGGCCCGCGCGCUCGAGGAGGCCAUGGAGUCCAAGGGGGAGCUGGAGCGGAGCAACAAGCAGCUCCGCGCCGAGAUGGAGGACCUCGUCAGCUCCAAGGACGACGUCGGCAAGAGCGUGCACGAGUUGGAGAAGUCGAAGCGGGCCCUGGACCAGCAGGUGGCGGAGAUGCGCACGCAGUUGGAGGAGCUGGAGGAUGAGCUGCAGGCCACCGAGGAUGCUAAGCUGCGCCUGGAGGUCAACAUGCAGGCGCUGAAGGCGCAGUACGACCGCGAGCUGCUGGGCAAGGAUGAGCAGGGCGAGGAGAAGCGGCGUUUGCUCAUCAAGCAGGUGCGCGAGAUGGAGACGGAGCUGGAGGAGGAGCGCAAGCAGCGCGCGCAAGCCGUGAACGCCAAGAAGAAGCUGGAGAUGGACCUGCAGGACCUGGUGGGCCAGGCUGAGACGGCCAACAAGGGCCGGGACGAGGCCACCAAGCAGCUGCGCAAGCUGCAGACGCAGUUCAAGGAGUUCUACCGCGAGCUGGAGGAGACGCGCAUCUCCCGCGACGAGAUCUUCAACCAGGCGCGCGAUAACGACAAGAAGUUCAAGAGCCUCGAGGCCGAGAUCAUGCACCUGCAGGAGGAACUGGCAGCUGCCGAGCGCGCCCGCCGGCACGUGGAGGCGGAGCGCGAUGAACUCGCCGAGGAGAUCGCCAGCGGCAGCUCUGGGAAGUCUGCGCUGCUGGAUGAGAAGCGUCGACUCGAGACUCGCAUCGUGCAGCUGGAGGAGGAGGUCGACGAGGAGCAGAACAACACGGAGCUCCUUCAGGACCGCCUGCGCAAGAUCACGCUUCAGGUGGAGCAGAUAACGAUGGAGCUGACGAGCGAACGCAGCCUCACGCAGAAGGCCGAUGGGCUUCGUCUGCAACUCGAGCGCCAGAACAAGGAGCUGAAGCUGAAGCUGCAAGAGCUGGAGUCGGAGGGCAAAUCCAAGUACAAGAGCAUCAUCGCCACCUUGGAGGCCAAGAUUGCCUCCCUGGAUGAGCAGCUCGACAUGGAGGCGCGGGAGCGCGCGGCAGCCAACAAACUGGUGCGGCGCACGGACAAGAGGCUGAAGGAGGUGGCGCUGCAGGUGGAGGAUGAACGCCGCCACGCGGAUCAGUACCGUGAGCAGGUGGAGAAGGUGACUGGACGCAUGAAGGCGCUGAAGCGGCAGCUGGAGGAGGCGGAGGAGGAGGCAACGCGUGCUAACUCUUCGAGGCGCAAGCUGGCGCGGGAGCUCGAGGAUGUCACGGAGUCUGCCGAAGCCAUGAACCGCGAGGUCAACACCCUCAAGACCAAGCUGAGACGCGGGCCCUACACCUUCACGAGCAUCACGCGACGUGUCGUCUCAUCCGUCACAGAGACAGAAGUUUCUGACGAUGAGACUAGCGGUGACAAAAUCCAGGGAGGAGAUGCCAAGCCUGAGUGAAUGGGUUCCUACUGGAGGAGAGGGGGAAUGCACUACGCACACAAACACACAAACACAUGGGCAUAUACACACACAAGCUCACACAGGGACUCGCGAUCAAAGUGAGGGAUGUGGAAUGGCUGCAUUGAAAUCAAAGUUAAUAAUAACAGCAUUGGAGUGGGCACCCAGAGACUGGCAAUAAACCAAAAACCAAAGGGUGGUGGUGAUAAUUUAAGUGCGGACUUUCGAGGUCAAGUGUUGACUGUGUGACAGUUGCAGGAUCUGGCACUGGCCAUGAUAACCACUUAACUUCACUUUGAGCUGUAAAUCCUUAAACAAUAAAAACACCACUAAAGUUUUUUUUACAUUACCUAACAGCUAGUUUUGUAAACUUUGCUCGUCUAAUAUCCCCGUCUAUUUCAACAAAAUUAACCGGCGACCCAAAUUUAUUGAGAUGUCAUUAUCCAAAAGCAAUAGGCUAAUAUAUCGAUGAGCAUCUUGGUAAAACAUUGAGCAUGGAAUUUCAGUUUGAUUGCUCUCUGGCAAAUACUCGUUAAAGAGCAUGUGGCAAGAUAUGGCAGCUCCUGUGGAUAAGAGCCCAAUUAAAGUGGCUCCGAGUGUAGCGAAUAGAAUAAUUGGAGUGUAAGGAAAUCAAAACAAUCGUGUUUUUAAUCAUGUGUUUUGACCUCUUGUUUCCCACUCUUGAGCCACCACACCACCCUUAACACUGAUAGCUGUGUCCCAGCCACUGAAUUAUGAACUUCUUGGUAAAAUGCGAAUGACAUGUGCUUGAGUGCUGGCCCAGGUGGCUUAGAUUACUAUUAAACCUGUGUUAAAGCACUUGAAGCUAGGACUUGUAACAUGGAUUUUAAUCGCAGCCUGCAAAUUAAGAUUAAUUAAGGUUUUCACGCAAGGAAAAUUUGUUGGUCUCACCUCAUUAACCAUUCAUGAGCCCCCUGACACCCACCCAGCCAAUUGGAACCAACAGAUUGCGAAAGUGAGAUAGAUCUUAAAUAAAUACUUACAUUCUUUCCUUUACUAGAUCGUAAAUCACCAGGUUACUUGGGUGUAUGCUUAUAUGUUGAUGUUAAAAUUGUAUUACGAUAAAAGCAUCCUUUUAUACAAUCAGAUAUUCUUUGUAGGAAAUGUGGAUAUGGAUUUAUUUGGACUGUGGUCAUUUGUUAUUGUCAUUGAUAUUUGUAGUCGUUACACAAAAUGAUGCAAUUGUGACCAAACUCAACCACCAACCCAACCUUUGAUAUGUGAUGUCAUGAGUUCAAGUGAGGAUCGAGAGCAUUCUUGUUUUUAUCUUCAAACAUCAUGCGCCAAUUCCAAUGAAUCAUUAACACAAUAACAUUCCUAAAGUUAUUGUUUCAAUAACAUACAUUUACAUCUAUGUAUGAAUUCUAGAAUUAGUUUUUUUAUCUGUUUGUUCAUGUUUUGCUUUGGUAUUGGUAAAUAGAUUUAUGGUUGUCAUUAAGUAAUGGGGGUGCUUGUCACCAGGGCAAUGGAAAUUAUCGACAAUUAGCAAAUAACCAAUCAUGUCAUAUUAAACAUUGUUAAAUGCAGCCAUUUAGUCUUGGACUAUCGACACCAUUAAUAUUACUCUCCACAAUGUCCAAAUGUCUGAAGUCGCCUUUUUUUAUUUUACAUUAGUUUUAUUUGAGUUAUUUUCAGUAAGCAUCCACCACAUCAUUAGUUUUCUUUUAUUAUUUUGCUGCUAUGCAUAUCCAUAUUUUAUGAGCAGCAAUCAUUAAAUAAUAGUCCAUUAAACAAUAUCGCUUUCUCAUAUGCAAGGUAAUACAAACGGGGUUUCGUAUUGUGCUCUGAAAAGAACACACAAGCCUACUUAAAAUGCGGCCCUUUAUAAUAUAAGUGCGCAGUCUAUAAUUGUAUAAGUGCCUUCCUUCCCAUAUAUCCUGUGACCUUGUUGCACUUGUUAAUGAUGCAAAGGACACCUCACCUUGCCGCUAUUGAGAUGCCUUGUUAUGUGGUUGCCUUAUUGAGACAAAUUAAACGGUUUUGUAGUCCGUUUUUAUAAUUUUUGUUAUAUACACUCUUGUUCCAUUUACAUUAGCCCAGGGCAAGCAGUGUGAUUCUCUUUGUUUAAUUUGUUUUCGGGCCAUAACCACCAUCGCUUAUGCCACAGCGGGGAACCUGUUUUGACAAAUUGCUGGUCCUGAUGUCCAUGUGUGGUCAUUUAGUGAUAACAUGGAGUGUGGCGACCUUUGGGGAGAUUAUUUUCCUGUAACAACCAUGUGGGGACCACUUGGGCUUUGACCCUAAAUAAAAAUGAUGGUAAUGGUAAA